AUGGCGGCCAUUCCAAUCGGGGCACUCAUUGGUGGAAACUUCCUCGAUGUCAUAGCUGACCUGGACCCAAAGAGAAAGGCGGAGCGAGAGCGCGAGCUACGGCAGCAAGCUGAGCGGCGCGCCGAGGAAGAAAGGCAACGUGCUGAAAAGGAGCGUCAGGAUCGCGAGGCCCUGGAACAGUACAUGCGUGAUCUUGGCAUUGAUCCAGCCGACCCUGACAUCUCAGACAGCGAUAUUGAGGAUGCUAGACAAGACAUCAACUAUGAUGCAGCUGUCGCCAACAUCGCCGUCGUGGGCAAUGUCAAUGCUGGCAAGUCAUUACUGCUCAACGCGAUUCGAAACCUGAGCUACGGCGACCCUGACUGGGCUCCCACCGGUGGCUCAGCGGUGACGAGACAACGACAUCGUUAUGCUGACCCGGCACACAACUGCGUGUGGUAUGAUCUUCCAGGAGCUGGAACACAGAGGGUGACUGCGUUUAGCUACUACUACAGCCAGAAGCUGUUUGCCUAUGACAAGAUCGUUCUGGUGCACGAAACAACGCUUACCGAGUCCGACAUUCGUCUUCUGCGGAUCUGUGAGCAUUUCAAGCAGCCGUGCAUCGUAGUUAGGACAAAAUCCGAUAUACACAUCUACAACUACACAAAAGAGAGAGAAUGGACUUGGGCACAAGCCAAAGAAACGUUUCUCAGCGAAGCGCGUCAGGAUGUUGCUCGCUUUAGGGGACAGGUCGAGGCAUCACAAGCCAAGUUUGUACCUGAUUUUGAUGACUUUGCCGUCUCAACGUCGGGCAUUCGGGGCUUUGUUCGCAAAGAACGCUCGCCUAAGGAGUUGGAUGAGGCUCGUUUCUUUGAGGAAUUGGAGAGAAAGAAAUUAAUGUCUUAG